CUUCUCCAACCAGUCCUCUAAUUUUUUCUACGUUACACUGUUAUUUCCAAUAAAAAAAGUCCCUCCUAAAUCCCCCUAUAAAUACCCUCCCGUUCUUUGCAUUCCGGACAAUUAAGGGGCUCGCAGAUUUUCUUUCUUUUCUUGUUUUAAACUUCCACUAUGGCUAACCGGAAGGUUUUAAGCUUUCUUUUUCUUGUUGUUUUAGGAAUCAGCAUUGGUGUUGAAUGUAGGUCACUCCUCAAGGUUGGAGGUGGUGAAAGGUUCGGACAUGGAGGUGGUGUUGGAGUCGGAAUAGGUGGCGGCAAUGGUGGUUAUGGAAAGGGUGGUGGAUGGGGAGGCGGCGGUGGUUAUGGCGGAGGUGGAGGAGGAGGGGAAGGCGGAGAGGGAGGUGGUGGUGGUGGUUAUGGAAUGGGAGGUGGCGGUGGUUAUGGCGGAGGUGGAGGAGGACGGGAAGGCGGAGAGGGAGGUGGUGGUGGUUAUGGAAUGGGGGUUGGUGGUAGUGGUUAUGGAAUGGGAGGUGGCGGUGGUUAUGGCGGAGGUGAAGGAGGAGAGGGAGGUGGCGGUGGUUCUGGCGGAGGUGAAGGAGGAGAGGGAAGUGGUGGUGAAAAUGGUGGAGGUGAAGGAGGCGGAAAGGGAAGUGGUGGAGGUCAUGGUACUUAUGGCGGAGGUGAAGGAGGAGAGGGAGGUAGUGGUGAAAAUGGCGGAGGUGAAGGAGGCGGAAAGGGAGGUGGUGGUGAGAAUGGCGGAGGUGAUGGAGGCGGAAAAUUAGGUGGUGGAGGUCAUGGUAGUUAUGGCGGAGGCGAAGGAGGCGGAAAUGGAGGUGAAGGAGGAGUAGGCGGAAAGGGAGGUGAUGGGGGCGGAGAGGGAGGUGGUAACUGCCGAGGUGCAAGAGGCGAAAAAGGAGGUGAUGGCGGUGGUGCAGGAGGUAGUGUAGGAAAUCGUGCUGCUGGUUAUUCCCCUUGA